CGCAUCUCCAGGAGUGCUGUUUCGGCCUGUUCCGCGGCCGCUCGGUCAUUUUCGCCUCUUUGUUGUACUGAUAGUGGAUUUAACUCGGAUCCAACCCAAUAUCCAGCGGACCGUGCUGCUCCCACACAGGCUCCAAUGAGAGGCUCUCCAUGAUGAGGAGCUAACACUGUCGGCCGCACAACCGCAGGAACAGACGUGGCUGCUGCUCCACCCACAGUCCACGCAUGGCGGUAUUAGGGAACCCCGACAUGCUGACGAGGAAGAUAAAGCUGUGUCACAUCAACGCCCACAUCACAUGUCGUCUGUGUGAGGGCUACUUGAUCGACGCCACCACCGUCACCGAGUGCUUACACACAUUCUGUAGAAGCUGUCUAGUGAAGUAUCUGGAGGAAAACAACACGUGCCCCACGUGUAGGAUUGUUAUUCAUCAGAGCCAUCCACUGCAGUACAUCGGCCAUGACAGAACAAUGCAAGACAUUGUCUACAAAUUGGUACCGGGGCUACAAGAGGCGGAGAUAAAGAAGCAGAGAGAUUUCUAUCAGAAGUUGGGGAUGGAGGUGCCAGGAGACAUUAAAGGAGAACUUUGCAACAUGAAGACUCAUCUAGAUCAGCGGAAUGGCGAAACAAAAUCAGAGGAAACGGCCAACAAGGAGGCAGGAGAGGAGAAACCUGAAGAGGACAACGACUAUCACCGUAGCGACGAGCAGGUCAGCAUCUGUUUGGAGUGCAACAGCAGCAAGCUCAGAGGUCUGAAGCGGAAGUGGAUCCGCUGUUCAGCACAAGCCACAGUCCUCCACCUGAAGAAGUUCAUCGCCAAAAAGCUUAACCUGACAUCGUUUAAUGAGCUGGACAUUUUAUGCAACGAGGAAAUCUUGGGAAAGGACCACACUUUGAAAUUUGUUGUUGUGACAAGAUGGAGAUUUAAGAAAUCCCCCCUCCUGCUCCAUUACAGACCCAAGAUGGAUCUGCUGUAGCGAAAACGGACUAAACGGUUGUUGUUGUGUUUCUUUUGGGCCAGGUGGCCGCAGACUGUGCCGAAACCUUUUUUUAUUUAUGCAAAGACGAUCAACCAACCAACACCAAGCAAACUCCCGACGGUAAAAGUCAACACAAGCCAGCAACAUCGGGAUCUGACAGGGAGGGGGGGUCGGAUGGGGGGGACGAAAAACAACACAAACUGGCAACCUCCAGCACAGAAACUGCAACACUGGUUUGUUUUUAAGAACUCAAACAACCUUCUUUUUUUUUUUUUUUUUUUUUUUUUUGAGUCCGCGACAUCCUAGAUAUGUGAACAAAGGAAAAAAAAAAAAAAAGAACAAAAAAAAUUUGGAGAGAAAGCAUAUAUUUAUACUUUUGUACAGAAGAGACACAUGGAACCAAGACACUACUGGUGCUCUGUUUACACACAAACAAGAUGUCGGGAAUCACGUGACCGUCUUUUUCAGCUUCAUGCAGAUUUCCUCCUCCUGAGACGACGACCGCGAGGAAAGGAGGACAUUUUUCUAUAAAAAAAAAAGGUGUUUCUCUUUUUUUGUUUCCUUUUCACAACACUCAACUCGUCUUGGGAGCACAGAAAGUUUAUGGAAAAGUUAUAUAACAGGCAUCAAUCUGAAGCUGUUUUAUCAAGUCUCUGAAUCCGUUUUUUUUUUUUUAAUUCUUUUCAUUUUGUCUCAUUUUGAUAUUGGGUUCUUGAUGAUUGUCAAUUGUGAAUAGGCUUACAAAUGUUUUGUGUAGUAAUUUAUGUUCUAUAUACCAAUAUUGUACAUAAAAUGUCAUUACAGAGAGAGAGAGAGAGAUUGAAAGAGAGACUUUAGACUGUUAAAAAAAAAAGAAGAAGAGUGGAUCCAAGAAGUGCUAUCUAUAUUUUGGGCGAUAAGAGGUGAUAAAUUAGGAUUUUUAAAAGACAGACUGAUUAUCAGUAUCAAAAUAUAUAAAAGCAUUUUUAUGUUGUCUGGGAAAGACACAAAACAAAUAUAUCAAAUCCUCUGCCAGGUCGUGUGAACGUGGGCUCUUGAUGUGUUACGUUGCUCCAGUAGCAUUAUGAGAAUUUAAGGCAGACAAGAAGAAAGCUUCCGAUCCAUCCUCCGUGCUCCUCAUCUCACCUGCCUUCCAAGGAACACAGAUACCUUUUUGUUUGUUGUUGUUUUAUUUUCUUCUUCUCCUUUUUUUUUUGACACCCAAUAUCAACCAUUUCUGUCUUAACAAUAACGCUACUUAAAACCCUCAUGUUCCAAAAUGCCUGCAAGACAUAAAAAAAACUCUAUUUGUGCAUUUGAGAACUGAAGUAAUUUUAUUGAUUUUAAUCACACCGUGCACUCCUUUGCAUCCAUCCUCAUGUCUCUGCAGUCUUUCAGCAGAACACCCGUACUCCCACAUCUUUACAGCUUUUAGGUUGAGCUCUCAGCAUCAGUGUCGACGCCCUGCGCCCUCAUACCAUGCUUCCAUCUAUUGAUAUCGUGCUGCAAAAGUCUCUCAACGCUGCAAUAGAACAUGUGCGUUGCAACUUUAGUCUCAAUUGUGUUCAAAUGCUCCUUCUUUCUCAGUUCUGCUAUUUAAACCUGAGUCCAUAUUGUGCAAAAACAAGGAGCAGUAUGGACAUUUUCUGACCUGCAGAAAGUGAAAUAAGAUUUUUAAUUUCAGAACAAAUAGUAGACUUUUCUCACCAGAGCUGGACUUCUCCUGUGUGAGGCGCCUCAGCUGGCUGGUUCUAAACUCAUGAGUGGAGAUUACUGAUGGCACAUGAAUCUGUUUUUAUGGGGUGUUUUUCGGUUACUUCUCACUGCCAGUUAAGAGUUUCAAAACGUGUGAAGAGUUUCUGAAAGACGAGAGGAUUUUUAUCCGUCUCAAAAUCAGAGAAUAACUUGGAAAUUUUUUUUUGCAGGAUAUACUUCAAAAGACACAAAUGUAUCGGUCUUUUUUUUUUUUUUUUUUAAGGAAGUAACGUGCAAAUUCAGGUUUCAAACAGGGACUGAGGGAUUUUUUGAACCUUUUUUUAAUGAAGUUCUGGAUAAAAAUGACUACUGUUUGGUCAUUUGGUGCUCAUAAACGUGUGUUUGUUAGUGCUGUAACUGUGAUACAGCAAACCAAUGUUUUUUGGUUUCUCAGCAAAAUGUCUUAAACUUGCAACAUUCAAAGCAAACUGUCUUUAACGUAAACCACAACUGGAUCCCUGAACGCCUCGUCAGACCUCAAGUAGUAUUACCUCACUGUUCUGCGACAUUUAUUUAACCCUCUGUAUCGUACCUACCCAUAACACGCUGUAUGUUCCCCUGCAGGGUUUCUAUCCAUCCAACUAUAUGCAUUUUAAAAACCUCUCAUAAGAAGAACCUUUCUAAAGGUAGGAAACAACUCCAACUCCAGCAUUUUGGUUUUUUGCAAAACAUAAUAUUUAAAACAAAGAUGGAGAAUCUGCUCUGAAAACUCGGACAAAUGUUUAGGAACCCUGCACAAUAAGGACCUAUGACGUGUGUGUCUCUGAUGAACUUUUGAAAGCAUACAGGUCUGUACCUAACCAGCUCAACCAAAACUCCUCCUGUGGUUUUUGGUAACAACUCUACAUGUUUCGGUUCACUUCUCACCGUUUCUUCUAAGUUUCCUGCUCUUUACCAGCCUUUGUAAAAAGGGUCUUUGUUUUGGGUUUUUGUGACAUUUUAAGUAUCAAGAAAAGUCUCAGUCUUUCAGCUUGUAUUCAGAGAUAAAUGGGAUGAACAAAUAUUACAAAUAGAAUCAGCAGCACAAACUUUUAGCAGAUAUUUUUCACUCUCUUUGAAUCUUACAGCGUUUUUGUGGCUGUAGUCUUUCUGUGAACGUUGUCAGCCCUCACAACGUUGAGCAACUUCUUCAUGAGUAUCAGACAUAAGGUUGGGUUUGUUUCCUCAGAUGGAACAAAAUGGACUAAAAUGGAGUGAGUGUACCCUUACAAUGUAAAACGAAAACCCAAAACAACAAGCCCUACCAGUUUGAUAACAACCCACAGGACUGAUGUACCCAUGUGCACUUUUAUGUCUUUGUAAGUGCAGACUUGGUGUUUUAAAGGCUUAUAAUCAGGUUAUUUCAUAGAGAUAAGGUCACUGUCAGUACAUUGUUUCCUCAAUGUCUCUGAGGUUGACCUCACAUUGAUCUGGUUUGCUGUUAGAAAAAAAUUAUGUUUGAACCCGAUAUCAGAAAACCUAAAAGUGAUUUUCCUUCCAGAGUCGUCUUCAGUGUUUCAUCCUGUGACCCUUCAACCUGUUUCUGAUAAACUCUCCUAAAUGUUAAGAAGCUUUUUCCUCAGGUGAUGAAGCUAAACACCCCUCCCCCCCACAAGGUGCUAUAAAAUAACUGCAAACUGUUUUUUUUUCUACAUUACUGUAACAGAACGGUGCAUUCACUGCUGUGUGGGAAUGACUGGCGUUGAAUCAAAGGUGACACAUCAGUAUUUGUUCAUUUAUUCCUGGUUUUUGUUGAACAUGGUGGUGUUCACACCGCACCUUUUGUUGUCCUCUCACAUCAGAGUUUCCCCUCGUCUGUAUUUCAGACGUCAGCUCUUUGAUCUACAGAUCUUUACUACAGUGUCAGAUGAGCUCUUUGGGCUUUGUUUCCAGUUGUUACCUGCAGGUUUGAUGCAACAGAUCCCCUCCUAUCCUAAUAAACUCUUCAACACACACAGGCUAUUUAAUGGGCAGCAUUUGUACAACAAACUACACACAAGCUGUGCUUCUUCACAACACACAACAAUCAAGUGAUUCAAAGAAGUUAAUCCCACUCUAUCCUUAAUAGUUCUGUCCCUAUGUGAGGAGCAGUCAGAUGCUUAUUUCACAUUUUAAAACCUGUUUUCUGCGUGCAAUUUACUACUACUACUGUGUUUGCUCGACCUAAACUUAACACUGUACCCGAAUGCAUCCAGUAUAGACAUAUGAGCACAGAAGCUGCUCCUCUGUCAUCCUGCAGACAUUGCUUAGCCUAAAAGUUACAUGUUUCAGACUUAGGAAAGAUGUGCAUAACAUAAUCAUGUUAUGUGCUCUUUUAGGAAAAUUUGACUAAUAAUUAAUGGAUAAUUCUUUUUUUUUUGUAACAGUUAAACUAAUCCCAAUAAUAUCUUAAUAAAAUAAUAAUAAUCUUGCUGGUCAUAUAGAUUCUAAAUGAUAUUCAUUAGAUCACAACAGGUUUCAAUUCACCUCAGUCAUAGUUUAACACUGUGUUGGUUAACGAUCCAAAAGCCUGUUGCAUGUGCAUAUAUCAUAUGCAUCAUGUGUAUUUUAACAGAAAAUGUACGGAUUGCAUUCAUACAUAUUUGACCUGUAUGCUUAUAAUGACUAAAAAUGUGCAACAGGCAACUCUUGCACUAAAGAUUUCUAUAAAAAAGCUGAUCAUGGUCUUAAACGUUCCCGUCGAUUAAAAAGAAAACAGUGUUUUGUUUUGCAGCUGUUUGCAUCUAUUUUACAACCUGAGUGUCUCUCCUUCCCCCCAAGUUACAUCACACAGUAGAGAGAAGAAAAACACAAAACUCUGAUGUGAGAAAGUUUGGAUAACACAGAAAGCUGCAGUGUGAACAAAGCCAUGUCAUGUCUCUGAGAGCUGUGUGAUGAUUGGAGGAACCUGGUGGGAAAUGGUGCAGUGUUUGCCACAGUGACGGUCAGAAACUGUCUCUGCCGCUGGUGCUCUCUUUUGGUGCUAACAACUCCCUGGUUUUAAAUCUUCAAACUUCUUGGAGAAAGGUGGAAUCAGAGACAGAAAAAGCACUGUGUCGCAAAUUUCUCACGUCGCUGUUUUCACACGUCUUUGCACUGUUUGAGUCCUGGAGUUCCUUUGCGUGUCUGAGCUGUGCAGAUCAAGAACAUGCCAGCUCCUGUUCUGUUUGUUAUUGAUUUGUCGGGUUUUGGUUAACCCACUUGUCUAGGCUUGUUAUGGAAAGCAAACAGAGGGAGUUUUUAAAUAAGACUGUGACGCACAUGAUGCUGUGAAAAUACAAAAAAACUGGUGAGAAAUGGAAUGCAAGCUGCAGUCUCCUCCUGCCUCACACUUAUUGUUGGCUUCUCUGGUGAGACGCUGUCACCUUUUCUGAGUCUGAUAGUUUCUCUGCAAGUGUGCAACAUCCUUAACUAAAGAAAAAAAAAUCACACACGGUUGAUCUUAGAUGAAAGUCUCCAAAGUUCUCCAGAGCUCUUGGGAGAUUUGACCUUCAAAAGUCUGUAUGUGCCGGCUGCAUUCUCCCACCGCCCUUGCACCAGAGUGGAUCAAUGUUGCCGCUUUAUAUAUCGGGGCUAACAUUGAAACGUCAGUGCUGCCACACUUGACAGACAAGCUAAGAGGCUUACAGGAGGCUCCAGUCUGCUUCGCUGCUGAUACGGGAUGGUAUCAACUUGGAAAGGUCUCCGGCGUGAUGGGGAGGCCUGGAUCUGUCAGAGCUUCGGCUCUCGGGCCUCAUCUUCUCCGCUCUGACCUUGAACACCUGUCGGCUUGUUUCGUUAUCGUGUGCAUGGAUCUGUGUGCGGCUCGGGGGUUGAGCUGAGUCGGUUUCACAUCUUCGCGUCUUCAAAGUCAGAACCAGGAGAUCGUUGUAUACCUCUAGUAAACAAUGUGUCUGGAUUUGCUUUGUGCAGGGAGUUUCUCUGAGAGCUUGGAGACUUCUCUAAAGGCAGCAACGUUCAUUUCAAGCUUGUUGGCAGCAGAAUCAUUCCUGGCAACUUUUGAAAAGCCUCUUCUGUGUUCUUUCCUCCGUAAUAAGUGUCCACUCCAGGAGUGUGAUAGCUUUCUUUGUUGCCCAGCUCAUUCGUUUCCUUCAUUUUCAGAGUCCUCCGUAAAGCCUGGUAAUCUCCCAUGCCGGGCUUUGUGUGUGUGUGUGUGUGAAACCUCGAGGGUCACUUAGACGGCUACAUGGACUGAAAACACACUCCAGAAUAUAUUUCUAUAUCUGUCUGUUGUCUGGCUGGGGUAGCACCGCUCAGUUCUGCAGCCGGUGGCUCCUCUCUGAAAAGGCUGCUCGGCUCUGAAAAGUCCUGCGUUCACGUGCACACAGAGCCACGUCUCUGUGGGUGGUGCAGUUCUGACCGGUUAAAAUAUGGAUUGUUUCACCACUUGAGGGUUGUGACUGUUGCUUUUAGAGAUUGUUCCCCAGCCGUAGGAUCGGCAAGGUUGCUUCUUCAAAGAUGCAGAAUCUGAAAUUGCCCCCCCCCCCCCCCCCCCCCCCCCCCCCCCCCCCUUUUUUGUUUGUUUUGUGUUUUUACGAGAGCUAGAAUGAGACUGCUGGUUUCAGAAAUCGGGAAAACCAGUCAACUGCUACCAAACCUGCAAACAGUUAUACUCCCUCGUGAGCCAUAGCAGAUGUCACCAAUAAUCUGUCCACUUUAUUUUGAUUAUUGUUAUUUAUUAAUGCUGAAAGUGACUCCUGCAGUAGUUUCAUGCUUAGUGAGUUUUUGAGAAGAGAUUUGUACUCACAAAUUUGCUCUGUUUCGAUUUCCUUUUUGUUUUUUUGUGAAACACAUUCUUACUCCAAACUCGUGAAUUCAAACUGCUUGGUUUGUGGCCCUGAACUUCAAAAUGACUAUUUCAGUUCCCCUCUAGUGCCCUUUGUGCAGACGUAGGCUCUGCAAUCAAGUCAGCUACAAUAAAUAUUCAAUCUAGGGUUUUCAUAAGCCAUAGUACAUGAGCAGCAUCAGAUUUUUAACCGACGCUUGCAGACAGCUUUUCACAUUUAAAGACUUUUGACGUUCACGAUAAAAUGCAGUAUGUUAAGGCGUCAAGAGUACUUCUAGCUUGAGGGAAAGAUCCACAUUUGGGUUUAAAAAGAAGCACUAACUGUUACAUAGACACUUAGAUAUGUUGCAUUAAUGCAGCGUAUACGACCGAUCAAUAGAAUGCAACUUAACAGAAAGUCUGCAAGCAAACUCCUGCACAGUCUAUCUUGCGAAUAUGUUUUUAUUGGCUGAUGAAGGUCUAGUCCUGAAACAUUACCAGACAAUAAAUAUAUUUUUGCAAGCCAGACAGUGUGCAGGAGUUUGCUUUCAGUUUGUGUUGGACUCAUUCUUCUCCUACGCAGCUGUUUUCUGAAACAGAUGUGCAAAGGAAUGGUUCUAUUUUCAAGUGGAAAGAGUCAACCUCUAAAGAAGUCAGGGGAUUGAACUACCCCGACCUUCACCCAAAGUGGACUUUCCUGCUCUCUAUAACUAUGUAUCAAGACUAAAGGGGUACCUAUAGCUUCAGAUUUUGACACGUUCAGCCACUGACUAAACUCAUGUAUUUUAAAACCAUGCAGUGAGAAUGAUCUAACUUUGCAUAAAUUGCUUAAAUUUACGAAUUUACAAAUAUUUCCCUUAUUUUUUUGUAUAAUUCUACGUGUGUUUAUGACUACACAAUGCUCUGUCCACAUAACAAACAUAUACCUGUCUUCAUUUUUUAAGGUCAAGCUAAAAACAGAACUAAAUUGUGUGAAUCUGGUAAUGUGGUUCUUGUAUUUGCAAGGAAAAUGUGCAAUAUACGGUUCUCAGAUGGUUCCAGGUUUUCAGCAUAGAACUCCAAUCUCUUUUGUCUAGUAUUACUUUUGACUGUUUUUCUGUUUUCCAGUCAGUUCCUCAGGUCACUAAACACCUUCUGGUCCAGAGGGUGACCAGGAAAUCUCAGAACAUACACUAAUGCACCCGGAAAAAAGAAAAAAAAAAAAAAACACGACUGGAUUUUAUUUUGAGUCUCGUCUCUCUGUUAUCGUUUCCCUGUUUUUUCUCCUGUGACUAUUUUUAUUUUCAGGUUACUCAUUCAAGCACUCAUUCAGGUGUCCUUUCCUUGCCUCCUUUUGUAUUCUCGUUAUUUAUUGCACAUGUUUGAACUGGUUUUCAUUGCCACAUUUAAAUUCAAGGAGUUUUGGGGUCUAGAAUGGGGCUGGAAUUUCUUACGUACAAAAACUACAGAGGCUUUUGUCAAAACCUAAGUGUGUAUUUCAUCAAUAAAUGCCUUUAAAAGUG